AUGUCUUCUGUGAAAAAGAGCCAGGAUGUGGAGGAGCAGAAUGGACCCAGCUAUGGGACUGUCGAUGUCAAGGUUGGCACUCAGCAGGAUCUCCUUGACUUGCAAGAUCUCGACCCUGCUUUCAAUCAGAAGAUGAGACUCGUCAACGAUGCUAUUGACGAAAUUGGGUGGACGCCGUAUCACCUCAAGUUAUUCUUCUUAAACGGCUUCGGCUAUGCUGUUGAUUCAAUGAUCCUCCUUUUCCAGUCCAUCAUUGCGACACAAUCAUUCCGUGAAUUCGGAGAAAAGGGCUAUGCCAACGCCAUGACCAUCGCAGCAUAUGUCGGCAUGCUGACUGGCGCUCUCUUCUGGGGUUUCGGCGCCGACAUUAUAGGGAGAAAAUACGCCUUCAACAUCACCCUCUUCCUCUGUGCGGUCAGCUGCAUCAUCGCUGGCGGAAUGCCCAACUGGCCAUCUCUUGGGUUUUUCGUUGCGCUCCUUAGUUUUGGCGCCGGCGGCAACCUCGUCAUGGAUACAGCUGUUUUUCUGGAGUACCUCCCAAGCAACAAGCAAUGGCUUCUAACUCUCAUGGCAUGUUGGUGGGGUUUCGGGCAGGCUAUUGCAGGCUUCAUCGCUUGGGGAUUCAUGGUUCCUGAGCGUUGGAAUUGCGUUGAUGUUGAGACCUGUACGCGAGGGAACAACAUGGGCUGGCGAUACGUCAUGUUCACAGGCGGCGCUCUUGUUUUCUUCCUAUCCCUUCUUCGAGUCACCGUUAUCAGACUCCGCGAAACUCCCAAGUACCUCCUCGGUGUCGGAAAAGAGGAAGAAUUGAUUGAGACAUUCCAAUACCUGGCAACCAAGUACAAUCGCACUUGCUCUCUCACUUUGCAGGAUCUCGCUGCUUGCGGAACCAUCACUUCAGCUCACAGCAAGAACCGAUUCUCGAUAAGCGAGACAAUGAUCCAUAUUCGAGGUCUGUUUGGUACCAAGAAGAUGACCAUCUCAACCGCCAGCAUCUUUCUGUCCUGGACACUGAUUGGUCUUGCGUAUCCUUUGUUCUACGUCUUCCUUCCCAGAGGUGCAGUCUUCAACCGCUCAAAGUUCGAAAUCUGGCGCAACUAUGCUCUGACAAACAUCAGCGGUAUCCCAGGUCCCAUUGUCGCUGGCUUCAUGUGCAACACCAAGCUUGGCCGCAAGUACACCAUGGUCAUCGGCGCUUUAAUAAGUAUGGCUUUCUUUUUUGCCUACACUUCUGUGAAGACUUCUGUGCAGGACAUUACCUUCACCUGUCUGAUUGCAUUCUGCAUCAACAUCUACUACGGCACUCUUUAUGCCUACACUCCUGAGGUCUUGCCAAGUGCUCAUCGUGCUACUGGAAGUGCUAUUGCUGUCGCGUGCAACCGAGUGAUGGGAAUCGUAUCAGCUGUUGUUGCAAGUGAAGCUAACACCGAUACACCGGCCCCUCUGUAUGUCUGUGCAGCGUUGUUUCUUGCAAUGGCAGCCGUCUCGGCAUCGUUUCCAUUUGAACCGUAUGGACACCGGAGCUCAUAG